AUAAGCCGGGGACGCGCGCGGCUCGAUGAGGUGUCACCGAAGUCGGGCACCAGUAGUAACAUUAAUUAAACGUUCCAUUGGCUCGGCGGGGGCAGCUCGUGGGCGGUCGGUGGGUGUCGCUUUCCAGAACGGACGGCCAUGGCAGAUGUCACAUGUCUAUCCUUGGCGGAGGAGGAGGGAUGGUAUCUUUCUGAAGAAGGAUUUGAAUCUUGUAAGAGUGCAUCAGACAAAGUGAAUAAAAGUGCCAUUCUCCUUGUUGCUCUCAAUACAGACCUGAGAACCAUAGGAAAGAAUUUUCUGCCCAGCGACAUCAAUGGAGGAAAAGCAGAAAAGGUAAAUGGGCCAUGUGUUUUACAAAUUCAGAAAAUCAGAAAUAUUUCUGCUCCAAAAGAUCAUGAAGAAUCCCAGGGUGCUCCUAGAAUGUUGCGUCUCCAGAUGACUGAUGGCCAUACGAAUUGCACAGCUGUAGAGUUUAGAUAUUUAUCCAAACUCAGCUUGAACACUCCACCUGGCACAAAAAUAAAGCUAUUAGGAACUGUUGAAGUGAAAAACGGAUGCUUGCUUUUGGAUGACACCAAUACAAUCGUGCUCGGAGGCGAGGUGGAACACCUCAUAGAGAAGUGGGAGCUGCAGAGGAGUUUAUCAAAGCACAGCAGAAGCAAUAUUGGAACAGAAGGAGGUCCUCCACCAUUUGUGCCUUUUGGACAGCAACGCAUAUCUGUUACUUCAGUAGACAGCAAGGAGCUUGAUAGCCGAAAGACAUUGCAAGUUUCCAACGCAACAAAAACAGUAGGGGAGAACGAUGAGUUUGAAAAACAAAGAACUGCUGCAAUUGCUGAAGUAGCAAAAAGCAAAGAGACGAAGACAUUCGGAGGUGGUGGUAAUGCUGGAAGCAAUCUCAAUUCUGGUACUGGGGGGAACCGUAACAGAGAAGUGUUCCAAAAAGAGAAGAUUAUCAGGACAGAAGGAAAAUCGGAAGGAGUAUAUCGUGAGCUGGUUGACGAAAAGGCACUGAGACACAUCACAGAAAUGGGGUUCAGUAAAGAUUCAGCCAGACAAGCACUCAUGGACUAUGGCAACAAUUUGGAGUCUGCUUUAAAUUUCCUCCUUACUGGCAGCAAACCAAAGCUUCCACAAGGACCACCAAUGAGAGGUAAAGGAAAAGGAAGAGGAAGAACACGUGCAGAAGUAGAUGAUGAGUCUGCCGGUGCAAGACCUUCAGCUCCAAGUACUCUCUUUGACUUUUUAGAGUCUAAGAUGGGAAGUUUCUCAAUUGAAGACAACAAACCACAGAGUCAACCUCAGAGCCACGGACAACACAGAGUUCCAAAUAUAGAGCAGAAUGGAGUAAAGGAUUUUAAUCAAUCUCGACAAUUUAACAGAAAUGAUACAAGAACCCCAAGGAAUGAGAAACCUCCUCGAUUUCAAAAGGAUGUUCAAGCAACUAGACAGUAUGAAGGUAACGGACCACCAAGAAGUCGAGGUCCGGAGAAAUUAAAUCCUUCCAUGCCAGAACAGUGGGUAGAAGAUAGGAAUAAAUGUGAGAGGGGGUUUCCAAGAAAUGAUAGAGUGAAAGAUUUUUCACACCCAUCCUCUAGUUAUCAAAAUGACAGUUCUUUUAAAAAAAGAGAUUUUACUAUGCAAGGUAAGGUGGUGAAAGUUAGCCCCACUGAGCUGAGAGAAGGAAACGGCAAUCCGAAUAAUGUAGAUAAUUCUCAAAAACGUGGUAAAAGAGAAGACCAAAGAUAUAACUUUGAGUUUUAUAUUGAACGACGACCACGGACAGGUAACAGUGAAACAUUCAACAAUAUACCAAAUGAGAAAACUGUCAAUAUGGAUUCAUCCAGUUAUCAGACUUCAUCAAUAAAAGAUGGUGCUAAUGACUUACCAAAUGGAGAGGCAGAUCAAAAAGGAAGACGGAUGGGACCAAUAAAGCCUAUAGGAUCAAAUUUUAAUACUGCACAUGAUGAUAGAAGCAAGGUGUUUUCUUACAACAGUAACUCUAAAAAAAGGUCUGGUCCUAUAAAACCAGAACGAAUAGUGGAACCGGUGUAUCCUGCCUUCAGUUGGAGACCAGGUGAUGAGUGCUUGGCACUUUACUGGGAGGAUAAUAAGUUCUAUCGAGCUGAAGUUCAAGCCCUCCAUUCAUCUGGAACCACAGCAGUUGUUAAAUUUAGUGAUUAUGGAAACUAUGAGGAGGUACUACUGGACAACAUUCGACCUAUUCAAGCAGAGGCAUGGGAAGAAGAAGGAGAGUUUGGAGAUUCACUUGAUUUUCGAAGAGGAGGGGAUGGUCAGCCAAGAAGAUCUACUAGACCCACUCAGCAAUUUUAUCAACCACCUCGAGCACGGAACUGACUGUUAGACUUGUCUUGAGUGAGUAGCAUAUGGAACGCUACAGCAGUUUUCACAGAAGUGGUAUAUUUUUUCUAAUCAAUUGGCUUGCACUGUGGUCUCAAUGCAUCCAUUGUGGGGGUAAACACACUACAACUGGAAUGUUGAGCUUUCAAUAUGUAGCUCUACAUAUUUGACAACAUACAGUAACUAGAAUGCAAAGAUAAUUUGUGUAAAAAAAA